GAAUCAGGGGGACUGGACACACAGACACAUACCUCCCUCCCUCCUCCCUCCCUCCCUCCCUCCCUCCUUGUCUGUCUGUCUGUCUGUCUGUCUGCCUGCCUGCCUGCCUGCCUCCCUCUCUGCCUGCCUCCCUGCCUGCCUGCCUGCUUUCCAAGGUGGUAGGUGGAGCAUGACAGCCUCUACUCAAUCAGCUAUGGGGAGCCAGGUCACAGUCUAUUUCUGUCCUGUCUCCUCUCUCUCUGCUGCUAUUAUGUAGCGCCAAUAUGCUUGUUUAGCGUGAGAUCAGGAAGGAGUGUGUGCUGCUCUAUAUUGACGUCAAAGGUGUGAAUCAGAACUGAAAUGCAAAUUUCAGAAUUAGUAGUCUCAGGUAAAACUAAAAUUGAAGGUUAAAUGUUCUUCAGUUGAACUCCUCGCAGUCCAGAUGAACAAGGGGCCGGUUGUUGAGAAACUACAUCACUUCAUGUUUGAUCAAAGAACUUUCCCUGUGGUGAUGGAAGAAGGUGAACUCUGCUUCCCUCAGCUGCUAAAUGCCUCCUGCAGGAGGCCAAAUCAUCGUCGCUUUGAGGUGGUGUUCGUUAACAUCCUGCUGACCUUCAUCUCUGUGCUCACUACUGGUCUCAACCUGCUGGUCAUCAUCACCAUCUCAUACUACAGGAAGCUCCACUCCUCCACCAACCUCCUCCUCCUCUCUCUGGCAGUAUCAGACUUCAUGAUUGGGCUCCUGCAGAUUCCAGUUGAAAUCCUGAUUUUCAAUGGCUGCUGGUUUCUUGGUGACAUUGUAUGUGCUCUAAAUUCAUUUUUAGGUUUUGUAACUAGCAGUGUUUCUGUGGGGAACAUGUUGCUGAUUUCAGUUGACCGCUAUCUGGCCAUCUGUGAGCCAAUGUAUUACCCCACUAAAGUGACUGUAGCAGCAGUGAGGCUCUGUGUGUGUCUGUGUUGGAUUCUGUCUGUUAUUUACAGCAGCUGGAUUGUGAGGGACCUCUUCACAAAGCCAGACAGGUAUUUGACCUGUUUUGGAGAGUGUGUAGUUGCCAUUAGUUACAUUGAAGGAACCGUAGACUUUCUCCUGACGUUUGUGGGUCCCAUAACAGUCAUCAUAGUCCUGUACAUGAGGGUGUUUGUGGUGGCCGUGUCUCAGGCUCGUGCCAUGCGCUCUCAUGUUGUAGCUUUCAAACCUCAGAGUUCAGCAACUGCAAACAAGUCUGAACUGAAAGCUGCCAGAAAUCUAGGUGUGGUAGUAGUUGUUUUCCUCCUGUGCUUCUCACCUUAUUACAUCUGCAGUGUUACGGGUGCAAACAGCUUAGACAGCCUUUUUCAGAUCUGGCUGCUGUAUUUUAACUCAUGUCUGAACCCUGUGAUAUACGCUCUGUUCUACCCCUGGUUUAGAAAAGCUAUAAAACACAUUAUCACUCUUCAGAUCCUGCAGCCGGGCUCCUGUGAAGCCAAUAUACUCUAAAGGCCCAAUGUGUUAUAUUUAAAUUGUUUUUGAAGAUAUUGGUAACAACAACACAAAGUGUACAUGUCACAGUGAAACAGAAAUAUAAUGAAAUGUAAUGGGAAUUUCCCCAUUGACUACAAAUAAAGGUUUUAGAUUAUUUUCUAUUCUAUUAUAAUAAUGAUUCAAUUUCACAUAACUGUUGAAUCUGCGUGAAUCUACUAAGCACAUAUUGAAUAGAAAUCAGUAAAACUGCACGCCCAUAGCUGGUGACUUGAACAUUAAACAGACAACAACAAACAAAAUAUAUUACACAAGAUGCUAAAUAUCCACUGUCAUAGUAGGCUUUAGGAUAUCUGAAAUCAGGAGAGUUAAUGUCUCUUUCUGUCCAGUAGUUGUGCUUCUCUCCUCUCUCCCCCCCACCCCCACUCUUUCUCCCUCUCUGUCCUCACCCACAGGUAUCAUUGGACUCAAAGUUUGGUGUCUGUGAUGGGCAGCUGCGGAUCCAACCAUCCUGCCUGCAUCCAGUCCCUGGUCCUACCAUCCUGCCUGUGCUCUGUUGUUGCUUGUUGUUGCUUGUUGCUGUUGCUCUGCUUUUCUAUCUCUCUAUCCUCUCACCCCAACCGGUCGAGGCAGAUGGCCGCCCACAUCCAGUCUGGUUCUGCUGGAGGUUUCUUCCUCGUUAGAGAGGGAGUUUUUCCUCUCCACUGUUGCUGUCAAAUUAAAUGCUUGCUGUAUGUGGGAUUUGUUGGGUUUAGUUGUGUGAGGUUUUAAACCUUACUUUGUAAAGUGCCUUGAAAUAACUUUGUUGUGAUUUGGCGCUAUAUAAAUAAAAUUGAAUUGAAUUGAAUAAUGCUUCUGUAAACUCCAAUUUCCAGUUCUGUUGGCUUUAGAUGCCACCUGUAAACACUGUGACUUUUCAUUUGGCAUUUUAAAUGUUAAAGGUGAACAGUUUAAAAGUAUCUUAUAGUGCCAUUUAUAUAAUAAUGUUCACAUUAAAAAAUCUUAGAAAAAAAAAA